UACUUAGAGCUCAACAAGGAUGUAUUCAGUUUCCACCUGCUUGCAAGUGGACCGGAUUGCGCCUUCUCCUUUAUCGAUGCGGGAGGACUUUGUGGACGCCAGAUUCUAGCCAACGCAAUUAGUGCACUUAGUACUUAUGUUAAUAGCGCUAAUGGGAAUUGGGCAAAGCAUGCUGUUGGGUUCCGGACAUCGGACGAAUCUAUCACCUAG